AUGGAAGAUCUGAUAAAUGAAAUUAAUUCCCUAAGGGAAAAACACAGGGAACAGACAAUCGUUCACUCACAGCUUUUGACUCAACAGAAUGAAUCAACCGCAGCCCUAAAUGAGAUAAAACUAGUGGAAGAGGAUACAAAAAUUUUCAAGGCAACUGGUCCUAUUUUGACAUCUCAGACAAAGGAAGAGGCAGUGAGCACAAUCUCAAAGCGUUUAGAAUAUAUUAAUACUGAAAUAGAAACCGUCGACAAGUCGAUUACAACUUUGCAGUCUAAAAUUGAGGAGAAAUGUAAAAAGCUUGAGGCGCUAAAGGCCAAAAACACUCCUACUGUACCUGCUAGCACAUAA